CCGCCAUAAAGCAACCGCAACCGCCCAUCGCCGCUCUCCAACAUCAAUCUGUCGUUCAGAUCAACAGACACAGACGUUCGUCAUCGACUAUGCGCGCCCAAGUCCUCGAAUCAUUCAACACCCCGUAUACCUUCAAACCCGACUUCCCCCGCCCUCCGCCACCUCAGGGCCAUGAGCUGUUGAUCCGCGUGACAGCGGCGUCGUACUGCCACACCGACGCCGUCUUCGCGAGUGGCGCUAUGCAGCAAGGCCUCCCUCGCGUCGGGUCUCACGAGUUCGCUGGUGUCGUCGAGCAGCUUGGCCCGGAUGCCGAGAAAGUCGCUCAACUCAAAGGAAUCAGCGCCGGGGCGCUUGUCGGCGUGCCAGGAAGGGCGUUCGCGUGCUGUGGCGUGUGUAACGAGUGCACGGAGAACGGAGGCGAUCUGCGUGGUUACGGCGUGUGGUGUCCGCGUGCAAGUAACUUGGGCUUGACGCGCGACGGGGGCUUCCAAGAAUAUUGCCUUGUUGAUGUGAGGCAGGUGGCCCGUGUACCGGAGAAUGGGAAGCUGCGAGCCGUGGAUAUAGCUCCGCUCAUGUGUGCGGGGGUGACGGUUUGGAAUGCGCUGGGUGCGGCGGGCGUGGAUAUGGCUGUGUCUGGCGGAAAGGGGAAUGGAGAGGCCGGAAGCAAGUCGGUGGCAAUCCUCGGCGCGGGAGGCGGGUUGGGCCAUUUGGGCGUGCAGUUUGCUGCGAAGUUGGGUUGGAGGGUUGUCGCGGUAGACACGACGCCUGCGAUGAAGAUGCUUGAGAACGUGGUUGCGGAGUUGGGUGAGGACGGCAAAAAUGUCGUGCUUGUGGAUGCAUUGAAGGAGACCGUUGACGAUGCGAAAGCACGGAUCUUUGGCGCGGCGGAGAAAGGGCUCGAAGGGGAGAAGGGGUGCGAUUCGAGCUUGAUCCUGCCGGAGUCACAGGCUGCCUUUGACUUCGGGAUGGGGGUUAUUAAAAACCACGGCACGUGCGUGUGCGUGAGUUUUCCGAAGGAUGGAUGGCGCUUCAAGCCGGGCGAUCUGGUGUUCAGACAUAUCAAACUUGUGGGCGUGUUGACGGGCCGAAAUCAUCAGUUGCAAGCUAUGGUGGAUUUUGCAGCAAGUCAUGGUGUCAGAGCGAAGAUAAGGACGUAUCCGCUCGAGAAGCUGAAUGAGUUGGUGGAGGAUUACCAUCGAGGCGUAGGUGGGAAAUUGGUGGUUGAUAUGGAGAUGAAGCCGUAACAAUGGAUAAUGGUAAGGUCAGGUUGUGUAAAAGGUCCAGGACACUCAUCUU